CCCACGUUGUCUGCGCCAGACUCAAUAAGGAAAGAGCGCCGCCCACCCUACCUACGCCGCCAGCCAGGUUGUUUCUCCGAGCAGCUUUUCCUCCUCUGCCAGAUCCAGUAUAGAUCCAUCGGCACCACGCUCAAAGCAGCAUCUCCACCACUUUUUGCCCUUUACAGCAUCUGCGUCACGCAUUCUCGCUUCGUGCAGCGCCUUACCACAUUUGUUGCUUUUUAAUCGUCAAUCUUGACCAAGCACCCGCCCCCAACUACCACAAUGGCCGACAUCACCGACCAGACUUCGCCUACCGACAUUGACGACUCUCACUCUGUUGGCAACGGCAGCGCUGCCUCUGAGGCCAGAGGCGUCAAACGUCAACGCUCUUCUGCGGCCGAUGACGACGAUGAUGAUGAUGAGAAGGGUGGCCGUGAGCGCCGCAAGAUUGAAAUCAAGUUCAUCAGCGACAAGUCUCGUCGCCACAUCACCUUCUCCAAGCGCAAGGCUGGUAUCAUGAAGAAGGCCUACGAACUGUCGGUCCUUACCGGAACGCAAGUUUUGCUCCUGGUCGUCUCCGAGACUGGCCUUGUCUACACCUUCACCACCCCUAAGCUUCAGCCUCUUGUCACAAAGGCUGAGGGCAAGAACCUCAUCCAGGCUUGCCUCAACGCCCCAGAGCCCGGACCCGGCAACGAUAACGGUGUCGACGGCAGCGACCAGGUCGACUCACCGGAGGACUCCUCCAGCCAACACAUCCCUCCCUCAGGUGGCCGCAUGGGCGGAAACCCUCACAUGCCUGGCAACUAUAUGCCUAAUAUGCCCAUGGAUCCUAUGUACCAAGGCUAUGUGCAACGCAACCAAGGCUACGGCGGCGGUAUGCCACCCAACUCUCACCACCAAUCAUAGAUGAAGGUGAUGGGAGAGUGCGGGGACGGUGAAGAAUGUGUAGCUGUGUAUGAAUUUCAUGUAUCAUGCGCGGUCUGGGUCGAUGGCAGCCGUUGGUAUAGCGGCUCCUGUUUGGCAUGGAUGGGUAUAUUCUAAUCUUUUUUGGGGCUUGGGAGGUUUGGCGUUGAUGCAGCCUUGACGUGCUUUGCUUUGCUAUUUGCGGCGUGUGCGCACGACUGGCUACAUUACUCUACUAUUUUAUGUUUUUGUUACAAUUUAUCGGCUUGAUCUAUGCUCCAACUCGAGCAGAAGUCGCCAAAAAGAGCGUGUUUGGACCGAGUCUAAUGUGUGUUCCUGUGCUUAUACCUGGAGAUUUGUGCGUGAAUGGCCUGAUUUAACCCAGUCCGUAGGACGGUGCAUGAAGACAAGUCCUCGUGGUCAGAUCCCAUUAGUGCUGCUGAUAUUACUUGUAAAUUGGAUGAGUUGAAAUCACGCGUUAUUCCUAGAGUUAACGAACGCGCAGCGGCAUCAGUGAGUUGGAAGCAACAGCGGCGGCGCCGAUGCCCCCUUUUCGCUUGCGUCCGUAUCCCCCCUCCCUCCUGGUUUUUCACGAUGAGAAAACUAGCGUCGCAAGGCGCAAAAAGAGAGCGACACCAUGAAUUUUUCUUUUUUUCGGUGACAAUGUUCCCCAGCUUGCCCCAUGCGCUCCGUGUAAGUCGGCAUGAUCCGAAGUGGCCGUUUUGCCUAUUUGGUACAAGCAUCGCCGACGAAAAAGGAAAUAAAAUCGUGAACUAUGCGCAAAAUGGCAAGGUAACUUGGCUUGGCCGUUUCUGCUGCGUCGUUUUGGCGCUUGACCCAGGUUGGAUGGCGGGGGUGGCCUGGCUACCAUCUGCCCCGUGCACUAGCUCUGCUAACAAUACCACGCCGAGCGUAUUGGCGCAAAAAGGGACUGCCAACUAAAGUAAUAAUAAAUAAAUAAUUUUGAUAUCAUUGAUGAGAGGUAUCUGUUUAGUGAAUCCCACAAGCAGGAGUCCG